GCUGUCUGGUCUGCAAGUGUAUCGUGCGCGCAACGACUUGUGCACGCAGAGACAGUCUCCAAUAGCCCCGAGAACGUACAAUGUGUUCACGGUGUUGAUUGCGCGGGCUGCUUUUGCGUUGCAACCGAGCUGGUGGAGGUAUUCUACAGCAGUUGCGCCAGCCGCUGUUUUCGACGGAGAGAGGAUGGGGGUCAAUACUUUGUUGAAGCACCUCGGCCCAUGCUUGGAAGACAGCCACGUCGAACGCUUCCGCGGCAAGACGGUUGCGUUAGAUGGGAACACCUUCAUCUUUAGAGGUUGCUACAGCUGCAGCGAGCAGGUGGCGUUGGGGCAGGCUUGCACAGGACCGGUUGACCAUUUGAUGAAGCGGGUACGCAUGCUCAGGCACUACGGGGUCAAGCCAUGGGUAGUGCUCGAUGGGAGGCGCACGCCUUUGAAGGACGACACGGGCAAGCAACGCCGGCAAGAGCGGGAGAAGAACCUGUCCAUGGCCAAACACUUCAGGCGGCAAGCCGAGGACAGCAGUGCCGGCCCUGAGAAGGACGCCCUUCUCCAGAAAGCUCAGACAUUCUUCCAAAAGAGCAUACACGUGACGAGGCAGAUGGUGACGAACGCCAUGUCAGCCUUGAAGCGAGAGGGCGUGGAGUGCAUGGUUUCUCCCUACGAGGCCGACGCUCAGGUGGCCUUCCUCGUCAAGUCCGACCUGGCUAGCGCCGUCAUCACCGAAGACUCGGAUAUCCUGGUCUACAUGGCCGCCGUCAAGUCUACGGCCCCGGUGCUCUACAAGAUGGACGAGUUCGGCACGUGCAAGGAGCUUGGCUUUGAUCCGGAGAAACUGUCGAGCCUCCCUGGAGUAAUCGGGAAGUUUGGGAGAGGGCUGUCGAUCUUUUCGGGCGAAGGAGGUGGGCGCAGCUUCGUCCAGCUCGCGGCACUGGCGGGGUGCGACUACGUGGACAACAUCAGAGGCCUGGGUCUGCUAACGGCGCUGCCAAUCGUCACCAAGUUCAGGCGCACUCUGGCCGACAAGCGGGUUUCGCACAUCCUCAUGCACGUACAGAAGAUGGGGAAAACGGCAACCAGCAUCCCCACGGGCCACCGAGAACGAAUGCAUCUCGCCGAGAUGAGCUUUUUCUGGCACCGCGUUUACGACCCUAGGACCAAGAAGUGCGUGCACUUUUGUGAGGCUGCCCCGGAGCUCAUGGGCACCGCGGACGUCCCCGCCCUUCCAUCGACCGCCGGUGGAACCGCCUUCCUAGGGGAGCCCAUCGAGGACGAGAUGAUGGUGAACAUCUCCCGCGGCAACGUAGACCCGGUCACGGGAGAGGCCGUCACAGCCGAAACGUUUCCCGCUUCGGGUGCGGCGGGGUUUCGGCGUGCCGAAACGCAUCAGCCCCGUCCCAGCUGUAGCGGCCAGCGGCGGAGCAUCGCACCCUCUGAUCGCCCGCGGAGCGCCACCGUGCGGACAACCACACCGAGUGGGUCGCAAAACCAGCGAAGUGAGUCGCGGGGGGCGCGUCCUUCUACCCAGCAGGGGCAGAAGCAGGGUCGGGAUUGGAGAGGCCGCGAAGCCCAGGCUUCGGCAGGCAAGCGCGGUGGUAGUGGCGGUGGCAGACUGCUAAAGGAGAUGUUUGAGCGAGCGAGAUCGAGGGCGGAAGAGGAGGAGGAAAACUUCUCCUCGCAGCAGAAGACGCGGUAUUCGGCGCCGGGCUUGCAAGACGUCUCGGAGAUCGUUCUCGCCUGCGGAUCCGGACCAACGCCAGGGCGCCGCGGAAGGGUUGCUGAUAGCUCUUCGACGCCCACUGCAGCCCCCAACCCGUUCGCGAGAAAGCCGGGGGGUUCGGCCGCGGCACGUGCGGGGGCCGCUAGUUUCCACACACCCGACGCGCUUACGGCUGCCGAUACCCGGUUUAGAGGCGAUGGCGUUGCCCUGCGUCCCACGGCGUAUGGGGGAGGAGAUCCGGACGCGUGGUCUCGGUUGAGCAAGGGAUGCCUGACGGCUUGCGCCCAGAAGGAAAGAGGAGAGGAUACUUUUAGCGCAACUAGGGGCGCCGCCCACGCGGUGGGAGAGAGUCUCAAGGAUUGUGGAGCGCGCCGGGCGGCGGUGGCCCCAAGCGGGGCGGCGUCUGCCGCGGCCGAGUUCGCCGGGAUCACACCCGUCGCCCCUAAGCGCCCGCUUUCGCGUGGCGGAAGCGGUAGCGGUCGAGGGAAAAAGGCGAAGCUAGGGGUGGGAUGUAAGGCUGGGCCGCCUAGAAAAGGAGCGACGAUGCUGUCGUUCUUUGGCCGCGCCGCGGCGGUGUCCAAGCGCUGAACCAUGCCUGUGUGUGUGCAGACCGUACACGCCAAUCUGUGCGUUGCUCAGAGCCGGUUCCGAUAGAGGGAUGUGCUUGCUCGGGAAUCUUUCGGGCUUUUGGACCCUUGAAACACUUCAUGGUGUUUUUUCGGAGUGUCCCUCGUCGGUGGCACCUCCGUGCCUCGUGAAGUUCCGGUGUGAGAUUAUUCUUUCGGUAGAUUGAGUUGUAACAAGCAAUCGUUUAUAUUCGGGUCUGUGCCUCGUUCAUUUCCGGCUCUGUGAGAUGAAUCUCUCUGUAGUUGGAGCAGUGACAAGCAAUGCCUGCCAACGCCUAGACGCACGUCAUGCCGUGUCAGCAUCGCCUACAACAGAGUGGGCAUAUCAUUGAAGAGAAGGUAUAUUUAUUGUGUUCCGGGGGAUGGUACGGAAGUUUCACUGCCUCGUGGGCUAUACCUCAGCGAGCAAGAAGCCGAAUCCGUCAAGAACAUAUGCUUACGUUAAAGUAUUUAGGAUUGGCUUCCCUAUUAUUUCCUCAGAAUUGCCUGACUUGGUGUUGCUACCUUAGUUCCGGCAGAUUUGCUUGCAUGUCGAGCACG